GAAGAGCAGACUGGUUCGCACACGGAUGUAGGAACAGGAUUUAUAAUCAAACCUUCCAACCUGUCAGCUUGUAUUUGUCAACGCAGAUUGUGGCGUGAGCCUGGCCCGAAGGAGAGACAAAUUUAAAUAGAUUCGCUUUGUGUUUUGGUUGUCGUGCGGACACAAUGAGGACGGCUCUCCUGCUACUCACAGCAUUUCUGUGUUGCUGUUUGGUCGGAGAAACUACAGCACAGGAAAAAAAAUUGGUUCAAAGUGGCAAUGACGGUCCACCAGCAAGGAAGAAUGAAAACAUAACUGCUACUAAUAAGGUGAAAGAUGGACAGCCUGUUAACAACACAGCAGAGACUGAAAAACCAGUUCACCAUGGUGAAAGUAAUGAUACAUUGCCAGCAGGGAGCAAAGUACCAAAUCUGCCCCAGGCCAAGCCUGACAAGGAUGAAAUGAACAGGACAUUAGAGGCAACAAACAGACCAGAUUCAGCAGACGUUAAGGAUCAUGGGAAUGACAACAGCAACAAAACAAAAACUGAUUCCAAACAGGGACAGGGACCUGGUUCUCAGGCACAUCAGAAAAGUCAGACUGAGGGGGAUUCAAAUGAAGGAAAUGAGGGAGGUGCAGACACACCGACAACUGGGGAAAAAGACGCUAAGACUACAGAUCAAAAUGUAGUGAAACCUGCAGCGCCAGGAGACAAAGAUGGGGUAGAGCCAGAAGGGGAGCCUGCUAAUGAGGAGAAGACAAACGGAAAGGACACUAAUAAGAAGAGCAAAGGAGGAAAUGAUGUCGACAAGGAACAGACCGGAGGGAACGAUAUCAAUAAGGAACAGACAGGAGGAAAUAACGCCACAGAGGAAAGCCCGGCAGGGGAUAAUGGCAAUGAGGAGGAAAAGCCAGAGGAAGAGGGAACAAGAAAUGCGGAAACAGAGAAAACGCAGUAUGACCCAUCUGGUUUAAACGAUGAGACCGAAAACAGUCAUUUCUUUGCGUACCUUGUCUCUACAGCUGUGCUGGUGGCAGUGCUUUACAUCACUUACCACAACAAGCGGAAGAUUAUUGCCUUUGUUUUGGAAGGAAAGAAAUCCAGAUCCUCACGCCGACCUAAAUCCACAGAAUACCAGAAGUUGGAACAGCAAAUGUGAUCUCAAGUAAUUUCUUGAAGCCUUGAGCGGUUGAAUACACUGGGGGUUGUGUGAGAAGUGGGCAAGUGGAAACUGGUGUUAAAUAUUCUCCUAGUGUACUCAGCAUUGAUUUCACCUUGUUUUGUUUAGGGGGACAUUCUUCUAAUAUGUGUGGUUUAAAUGCUUGUUGUAUGACUAUGCAGAUGACACUGUUGCCUUAUUGAAGGAAUUAGUGAAGUGCAGUGAAGGUAAAAUAAGCAUGCUGUGUUUGCACUUGUGUCGUUAUUCCACUUCUAUUAAGCAAUCUUGUAAUUUGACCUGGCUAAGGUUCUUACUCAGGAUAAUUCAGUAGCAGAAAAAAAUAUUAGCUCUUUGGAUUCCAGACUUGUUUGCACAGCGAGCUAGCCAUUGCACGAUGCACCUAAAUAAGCCAUCUGAAUCAUUGUAAAAUAGCAGCUGUGUACAAUUUCUGAGGUUGUUUUUAGAUGUCUGUCAGAUAAAAUCUAUCAAGAGUCCAUUUAAAUGUUCAAAAUGAUCCCAGUGGGAUUUUUGCAUAACCACAUGGUCCCGUCAAGAUGAAUGUAAUGGCAAACUUUAUUGUCUAAAUUAGAUUUUAGCUAAAUGCUCACCCACUUCAACUCUUUAAGGUUCAGUGUGUUGGAUUUGGGGGGUUUACUGACAGCAAUGGAGUAUAAUAUUCAGAAUAUAUUUUUAUUUGGGUAUAAUCACCAGAAACUAAUAAUUAUUGUAUUUCCCUUACCUUAGAAUGAGCCCUUCAUACCUACAGAGGGAGCAGGUCCUUUUCAUGCAGUUCACCAUGUUGCACUGCUGUAUUUUCACAGUAGCCCAGGAUGGACAAUCCAGCAGUGGCUCUUUUCAGGCCUUUUGCAUCUUGAUGUUAAUUGAAGGCUCACAUUGUUUCUCUUGCACAAGUCGGAAGGCAGGGGUGAAGGGAGAGGCAUUCAGCUGGUUGCUACCUCAGCACUGGAGGCUGCUAAAUCCUACACGCUGGACCAUUAAAGGAACAGUUCACCAAAAAUGAAAAGCCCCACCCGCCUGUGCCAAUGAAAAGUCUGGUGAAGUUUCUUAGUCCACAGAACAUUUCUGGAGCUUUGCUGAACAGCUGAUAAAGCUGGGGACUAGUUUUAAAACAACAUAAAACGGUUUCAUACAGCUCACCUGGGGUAAUCCAACUCUUGAAGCACCAAGAUUGCAAAUUGAUUCAUACUAAUAAUUUUAGCAUGCACCCUGUUAGACAAGCUGUAUGCUGAAUCAGUCUUUUUAAAUACAACUAAACAACUGAAUAGCUGCUGUCGUGUUGUUGGGCACACAUGUAAACGACUCUUUAUUUAUUCAGACUGAACAUCAAGGCAAAAUGCUGGUUGACUGUAGACUGUAAGGCGGGUGACCUUAUGGACACUUUGGUUAAAAGUUAACUUGUGCCACUUGUUGUUUUGCAUUGAAACUGUUACUUGUUUUAACCCAAAAACUGUUUUGUUUUUUUUUUUAAUGAGGAAAUUGGCCAACAGCUGCAUUUUGCCUGUUGGGACUGCACUAUUGGGAAACAGUUUGUCUCCGGUGAUGGGUUGACCACUACUACACAAGAUUAAAUCUUUCCUGUUGAGCUGAUGUAUGUUGUUUCUGUUCAAAGAUGACAGACGUGCCAAAUUGUGACCAGUAUUAAUUCAGUGUGUGAAUCUUGAUGUCGUCACUUUCUGUAAAAAAAGGCUAUGAAAUAUCACCAAAUUGAGUCAAAAUUCCAUCUUAUAUAUUUUUAUUGUGAAAAAAAUCAGCAUUUUUUAUAAGCCAGUUAGUUUACAACCCAUUGCUCUCAUGAGUGAUAUAAGCAUCAGAACUGGUUAGAAAACACCUUCCAUACGGUCUUGUCUGAUCUUAGCAUGUUUUGAAGCUGUUUAAUGGCCACAUAACUAAAUAACCAUGUAUAAGAUAUUUAUUUCCCUUUGUUUGGAAAGGAUGUUUGCUCAAAACUUCCUGCUGUCUUUCAAAUGUUGGAAUGCACAAAUGUGUGUGUACUGAACCAAUGAAGAAGAGUACUGAUUCUAAAAUAAAAGCUUUUUGUACUUUCUAGCCUCA